UGCUGUUAAAUAUAUGAAUCAAACCAUCAAUUUCCACCAUUGCCGAGACAGAUUUGGAAGCCAUAGUAGUAACUCCUUAGCGGCAAUUUUAUUAUCAUUUCAAAUGGCUAGUCGUAGACAAGCAAGGGAUCAAGAUGAGCGAGCUGGGGCUGAAAUCGUGAAAGGUACCAACGCCUGCCAUCGACAUUCAAUGGAGCUUCUACAAGAACUGGGAUUCCCCAAAGGAGUCCUUCCCCUGCAAGAGCUUGAAGAAUGUGGAAGGGUAAGAGAAACUGGGUUUGUGUGGAUGAAAUCCAAGGCUCCUUAUGAGCACUUCUUCGUCGCAACCAAUACCCGCGUGAGUUAUGCUACUGAGGUGACUGCGUAUGUGGAGAAAGGGAAGAUGAAGAAGAUGACAGGGAUUAAGAGCAAGCAGAUGUUGCUUUGGAUACCCGUUACAGAGAUGUGCAUCAUUCAAACAGAGCAAAAAGAAGAAGCACUGGUAAACCACAAGAUACACUUCAAGACACCAAUGGGGAUUGGUAAGUAUUUCCCCAUCUCUGCAUUUAUGACCCAAGAAGAAAAGAACGAGUAUCUUCAGAUCCAGACCAAGACCCAGCCCCAACAAAAUGCCGUAUUAUAUAUGAACAAGUAAUUCUUCCCUAUUGGAAGGAGACAGGGAUGAGGGAUCUAUAUUCAUAAUGGAGAUAGCUUCUGUAGUUGGCUUGUUUUCGUAAUUCCAUUUAAAUCAUAGUUACAUGUAAUAUUUAUUUUAUGGAACAGAUUUUUCUUUUUUUUUCUUAAGUUCUAUUCA